AUGGCCGAUUCCAUGGCGGAUUCGAUGGUGGCGAGCUUCUGGGGGCCGGUUACAUCAACCACUGAGCUGUGCGAGGAGAACUAUGCGCGCUCGUCAUACAUCGCAGAGUUCUACAAUACUCUCUCUAAUGCCCCGUGCAUUCUUUUGGCGCUUAUUGGGCUUGUGAAUGCUCUCCGCCAGCGUUUCGAGAAGCGCUUCAGCGUCCUGCACAUAUCCAAUAUGAUACUUUCCAUUGGGAGUAUCAUCUUCCAUGCAACCUUGCAACAUGUCUUACAGCAGAGUGAUGAGACUCCAAUGGUGUGGGAAAUCCUCCUAUAUCUGUAUGUCCUUUAUUCACCAGACUGGCAUUACAGGAGCACCAUGCCUACUUUCCUUGUCCUAUACGGUGCUGCAUUUGCUGUAGUUCACUUCUUCGUGCGAUUCCAAGUAGUAUUCAAGUUGCAUUACAUUGGCCUCUGCCUUCUCUGCAUCCCGCGGAUGUACAAGUACUACAUUCAGACGAAAGACCUGGCUGCCAAGAGGCUCGCGAAGCUGUGGGUUCUUACCAUAUUCCUGGCGACAGUUUGCUGGCUAGUUGAUCGCAUCUUCUGUAAGAAGCUCUCGCUCUGGGUCAUCAACCCGCAGGGACACGCAUGGUGGCAUGUGCUUAUGGGCUUCAACUCUUACUUUGCAAACACAUUCUUGAUGUUCUGCCGAGCUCAGCAGCGUGGGUGGGAGCCGCGCAUUAUCCACCUCUUUGGAUUUUUGCCUUAUGUCAAGAUUCAGAAAUCCAGAAAGAGGGAGCCCUGGAGUGCCAAGUCGACUUCAAUCCAUGAGUCUGCCGUCUGCCGACUAGGAAGGAGUGGAAAUCGACACAAUACUUAG